CAUCAAACCACCACCACCAUCCACUUCCGUCGACAAAUUUGAACCAAUCGACAAAACCGGUCGAAAACCCUGGACAAAACCCCCUCGACUGGUUUUCUCAUUGCUUAGCUAAUCAACAAACCCACCCACUUUGCCUCACCAGCUCCACUUUUCUCUCUUGACCAUCACCAUCACCCUCUCCCCCGACUCUCUCUCUCUCUCUCUCUCUUCGUUAACUUCACUUUCUCCUUCCCUCCUUUCCCUCGUCCCAUCUUCCCUCCCCUCCCGAUUAUCACCUCUUCUCGUUCUCCUCGACCUCACUGAUCAGAUCUCCGUUAUCCCUUAAGACUGCCCUCAAGGAAAGGAUCCUUAUCGAUCUUUAACCAGUUCGAAGCUCUCCUGUCCAGUCAGCUAGCUCGUUUUUCUCAUUUUAUGAUAGUAGAGUCCUACGUAGUCAUCACCAUCAUCGAUCAGCAACAGUCAUCACCUCAACCAUCUUCCUACCCUUGAUCGUAUUGCACCCAGUCCAUCCCCUUCUCCUUGAGAUCAAUCUAACUCCUCAAAGUCGUCGUGGAUGUCAUUUCGGUCAUCCCGAUCAUGUUAGACGAUCAACGAAAGAGAAGGAUCGAGCUCAAUGCCGGACCGACUGCACGCAAGAAACCUAUGCUCAACAACUCCUCAACCCCAUCCCCAAUCCUCGAUCCAGCUUCUAACCAUCUCAACUCGACCGAUCGAACUCAUCAAUCUGAGUCAGCCAACCAUCUCAAUCAAUCCGUUGGUGAUGACGACCUACUCGAGAACUUUCGCAAAGAAGCUCUGUGGAGACAAUUACAGGAAUACAAACGCGACCUUCAACGAGCUCAGGAGAGAAUUGAACAAUCAGAGUCACAGAAGAGUGAUGUUGAAUCACGUCUAGCCGCCAUCGACAUCUGUUGGAAUCAGUUAAUAGAAGAUGUCCGCGUCCUUUUUAAAGACUCAUGCACCAAUCUUGACAGCUCUACUCAUGCCACUCUAAUGUCGCUCCCAUCAUCACCCACAAGUCUCGAUCGCGCACUACAUCAACGAUCGACUGCCUCAAAAGAUCUCAUCAUCCAUCUCAUCUCUCUCGCCUCCUCAUCUUCAGUAGCUUCACCUGAUUUGGAAGAAAUCAGGGCGCGUUGCCGGCGCUUGACUGCUGAAUCGGCCUCAAAUCGAGCUGCCUUAGGAUUGGCUGAGAGUAAACUCAAACAGCUACAGGACCAACUUGAUGCUGCCCAAGAAGCGACUAGGAGGGCUGAGAAAAAACUCGAUCGAGAGCGUAGUCGAACCGUUAAAGAACUAGAUGCCCAAGGUCAAGGCGGAUCCACAUCUCAAGCCCCCAAGGGUGAAACCCGAUUAUCCUCUGAUGAUUCUCCCAAACCACUUGUGGAGCAAAAUGGCAAUGGAACUCAUGCUGUCAAACCUCCCAGUCAACCUGUGUGUAACGGCACUGAUCCGCUCGAUCACGACUCUUCAAAAGAGGCCAGCAACGAUCGCUCACGAGAACUGGAAAUACUCAACGAGCAGCUUCUGCAGCGGGCCCAUGAAAUUGAUAUUUUGAAUUGGAAGAUGAUUAAUUUGCCAGAUGAGAUUGUACGGAAUACCCCAGCCUUUACACGUCUGAAGGCCGAAGUCGCUCACGCCACGCUCGAACUUGAACGCGUUCGCGCCCUGCUCGAGACAACUCAGAAGGAGGCCGAUGAACUUCGUGAGCGCCAAGAGGAAUUCCGUACAAAGAUUGUGGCUGAGAUGACUAAGCGCGUGGAAGAUAUGGAGAAAAAACUAGCCAGUAAAGAUGCUGAUGUUACCAGGAUUCGCGCAACACGUGAGGAAGCUCGAUCCGAGCUACAUGAACUCAAGUCGCGGGAUGUUGAGAAAAUGAAGCAGGUGGCCCAGAUCCGAACGCUCGCCAACAGUCGUCAGGACCGCAUAAACGCCCUGUCUUCUGAAGUUCGACGGCUCAAGAUGCGUCUUGCUGCAGACGUCGGUGACCGCAAUACGGUUGACUUCCUAGCCACGAAUGAAGAGGUUGAUCUUGCCAAAGCCCUACAGGAGCGAGUAAAGAUAGCCGAGGAAACCAUCAAAAGUCUUAACAAUCAGAUUGAAGAGCUUGCGCAAAAUUCAAAAUCGGAAGAUUCAGCAUCCCUCAUCCGUUCCGAAGCCGAGGCCCGUCAAGAGUUGGUCGCUGCUCGCCAGCGUAUAGAAUCCAUAGACAGGCUGCUGGGACCUGACGGAAAUUCAGAUAGUUCGGAGAUGGCCAAAAAGUUACAAGUAGAACUGGAUCGCCAGCAGGUUCUCGAGGCCAAACUAGCCGCUCAAGAAGCGUCAGCUUCAAUGUUAUAUACCGAAGUCGAUCGACUUUCAACUGCUUGGGCCGUCUUGGAUGAGCAAAAUCGUGACAAAGUCUUCAAACUGGCAGAGCACGACGAAAAAGUACUCAAAGCCGUCCACGAGAAAGCCAAAGCCGAUAAUCGAUACUUCAGUGCAAUGCGAGCCAACGAGACACUGAAGUCCCAAACUGCUGUGCUUGAAAAAAUGGCCGAAAAACAGACUGUGACCAUUUCGAAACUGUCUGAUGAGCUCAGGGCAGUUUCUGCUCGAUUGACUUCUGCCGAAAAAGAAAUUACAAUUCAUCAAAAAAUGGCCGAAGCUCAUAAAACGAGGACAACAGAAUUAUCAAUUGAAAAUGCGGACUUGAUCGCACGGUGCUCACAACACGACCAGAAGGUGAUCGAGCUAUCGACUCUUCUACGCGAUCGUACGACGCAAGCUGAAACGGAAGCCUCAGCUCGCAGGUCUGCUGAAGAAAGUGUUACGAAUCUCGAAAAGGAGAUGCAAAGGUCGAAAUUGACUGGAUCAAAUGGACGCGGCGGGCUGGAACCGGCAGAAGUUGCUGAGCUACGGAGUUUCAAUGAUGAUUUAACCAAAAUGUUGAAAUGUAAUUCAUGUAAACAGAGGUUCAAAUCACAUGUGAUUACCAGAUGUAUGCAUUUGUUUUGUGGUGCUUGUCUAGAAGCUAGGUUAGAAACUCGACAAAGAAAGUGUCCAACUUGUAGUAUCGCUUUUGGUACCAAUGAUGUUUCAGCUGUGUAUUUUUAAAUAUUUUAUUGAUCAUUAAUUUCUCUUCUUCUACUUUUAAAUCAAAAAUAAAUAAACAAACAAAACAAAACAAUCCAUUCAAAUUCGAAACAAAGAAAUUCAAAAAUACUAAAAGAAAGUAUCAGCAUAUCUCAUUUUUUUCUCCAUCCCCUCUCAUUUUUUUUGAAGAUUAUUUUGUUAUGAAUUUGAUAUCAAACAUUAGUUUGCUUUUGCUUUUGACUAUUCAAAUAUCA